AUGGAGUUAUUAACACCAGAACCAUGUUUGCAAAAGGUUGAUUCACCUGACAGUUUGCCUGAUGGUUGUCAGAGAGGCAGUCUAGAAGAUUGCUGUCCAGCAGAAAACAAAGGUGAUGACAGAGAUAAAUCUGAAGUUGAGGAACUAAGAAUAGAUCAGCAAAUAGUGGCAAGUACGACCACACGUCUUCAGAAGUGCCUGUGGAAUCCCGAUGAGUUGUCAGGAUGUAGCUCUAAUUCAGAUUCUGGAGAUGAAAGCACUGAAACACAGAUGUUGAAGUUCUUUGAACCUUCCCCAGGACAACGAAACUCUUCUGACUUGGAAUGUUCUGAAGAUGCAGUUACAAAUGCUCAGAUGCAAGCAGCUAUAAAGAAAAUUAAUAAACUCGACACAAUACUUGAAGAACAGCAUUUUAAGGAAAAAGUAGUUAAAAAGCAAGGCAGAGAAAUGAGGGCAAUGCUCUGGGAAGAACUUCAGUCUAUCAGAAGCAUAGGAAGCCACGAGGAGGUGGAAAACACAAACCAGUUUUUAGCUUUGUUCUCAUCAUGGCGUGAUACAGCUGAUCCCUCCCGUGCUAAAGAAGAUGAAAUAUGUACUUCAGUAUUUCCCACAUACAUGAAUCCUGAAGAUUAUGAUUGCCAUAAAGACCAAGAAAACCAGGAUUACUCAAGUGAAUUAGAAACUGAAAAAACAGCAGAAAAAAUGCAUAGCAAAAAUAAAACCAGCCAGCAUUUCAUUAAAAAGAACAUUGAGCUAGCAAAGGAUUCAGGAAACCAAUUUGUUAUGCUUGAGGGAGAAAGGAAAAGAUUAACUGAACUACUGAAAGAUACAGAAGAUGGGACUGAAUUGCAAGAUCUUGAGUAUUUCCUGUACUUCCAACAGGAGAAUGUACCCGUCUGGCAGGCACCAGGAGAAGGGUACACACCUGAAUCGACAGAAAUUCAUCUCCUGAAUGAGAUAGACAAUAAGCUUCAACUCCUUCUUUCUGAUGGAGAGUUUCCUGCUCUUUCCAGCUCUGGCUCAAAAUGUCCAAGCCAGAUGUAUCAGGAGUCUCUGGUUUGUGCAAACAGAAGCCCAGAAACAGUUCCAGGUGAAAAGGUUCUGCGGGACAAUAAGGAAAAACGUGAUCAACAGAAUCGUCUCAAAGAAAUUGAUUAUCAGCUGGAAUCCCUAGGGAGAAGGCUUACUGAAGAACAAAUGAGCCUCUCUGAAGAGCAGAUUAAGACCCUUCUGGAAGAAUGUAUGCAGCCUCAGAGAACAAUAAGUAACGUUACCAUGCCACAGUCUCAGGAAUCUCUUUCUUUUGGAUUAAGUCCCCCCUGUUACACAAGUCAAGACUCCACUCUUCACUCUACAUCUAGUCUUUCCAAAAUGUUAGUUGAAGACCAUAUUGUAGGGAUGUUAAUGGCUCAGGAAAAGGCUGGACUUGAAGACAAAAGCUUAUGUGUUAAUGCAGAGAGCAAAAUCCCUGGCUACUAUAUCAGCAAAGCAUUGGCUGGUAGUCACUUAUCAAAGGAUUCACUGGCCCAAACAGAGGAACCUGAUGACCUAGAAGGUUUACAGAAGAUGGAAGAUAAGAGUAUUACUGAGGGUUACUUUAUGUCAAGAGCACUCAACACAAAAAGAUUGAAGAAACCUUCUUUCUUGGGUGAACCAUUAUAUUGCAUCAGCAUGAACAAUGAGCCAUCCACAGAGGCUGACAUUCUCAGCAUACCACUGCAAACCAAAGGAGGUGAGACUCUUAACAACCCUUUAGAAUAG